AUAAUUACAGAUAUACAUGAUUAAGAAGAAAGCAUGGUCAAACUUAAAUAUUUUAUAUCUUUUACUCAGACUACUGUUAUGAUAUCUAUACUGACAACUAGUCUGAAAUUUCAGACAUCAUAAAAAAGAGCAAAUAACACCAAAGCAUUAUCUGCACGUGUCUCAUUCAUUUCCUGUCAGAUAAACGAACAACGAAUAGAGUUAAUUUUUUUCCUUGUAUAAUUCAGUCUCAGUUCGCAUACUAUAGAGUAGAAAGGUCCCGAUGGCUUCUGAAAAGUGUUUGCUGUGGCUCUUUGCCAUUUCGAUCUUCGAUAUUAUGAGUUGUGAUUCGACACCCAGAAAACUUCGUUUGGAGCUUGUACAAGUUAUCUUCAGACAUGGCGAGAGAUCUCCAUCCAAAUACGAGACCUAUCUGGUGACCAAGGACUACAAAAAUAUCGAAGAACUAUGGGGUUUCGGUCAACUAACUAAUACCGGAAAAUUGCAAGAGUACAAACUAGGAGAAAUGUUGCGCAAGCGAUACAACGAUUUCCUGAGCGACACUUACAAGCCCGAUCACGUGUACGCCUACAGUUCGAACUUUGAUCGAACGAAGAUGUCGUUGCAGUUAGUUCUCGCGUCGCUAUUUCCGCCGACGUCGGAACUUAUCUGGAAAAAGGAACUGAACUGGAUACCGAUUCCAAUUCACUCGGUACCGACCAAACUCGAUCCGUUGUUCUACUUAGAUUCAUGUCCCAAUUACCAACAAUUAUACGCACAACUUCUGGAAACAAGGGGCUUCAAAAGCUUCUUACAAAAAUUCCAAGAUGUCUUCGAUUACUUGAAGACGUGGUACCCUGACGAACGUUUCGAGCUCCAGCAUCUGUUUGAGCUCGACACCUUCAUCAACAUCCAAAUAUCCCGGAACUCGUCACUGCCGGACUGGUACAACGUAAACGUCCACCACAGAAUCGCACAAGGUGCCAAGCUCUACCUGGACAGUCUAUCUUAUACGCCAGCUUUGGCUCGGAUAACCGGUGGUCCUCUGGUCAGAUUUAUGCUCGAGAACUCACAGGCCAAGAUCGAUAAUUUGGACGCGAGGAAGAUCCACUUGUUCAGCGGUCACGAGUAUACCGUUGACGCCGUUACCAAGGCCCACAACGUCACGCUUCAAAAGAGUCCCCCUUUCGGCUCGGCUUUCAUUCACGAAACACACAAGGACGAGUUGGGAAACGCUUACAUCAAGCUGUUCUACUGGUCGGGAAUAAUGCACGAACUCAAUCAGCUGUACCUUACGGGCUGUGACAAGUCAUGUCCAGUUGAAGAAUACAAAAAGCUCGUAAGACCAGUUCUGCCGUCAGACGAGGAGAUACGCUGCAUCUACAGCAACCUCUCGCCCGCUGACCUGCAUCAGAUCGUGAUGAACAACAAGCCUUCCAGUUUGUAAAUCGCUUAUACCACCUAGCAACAUUAUGUAAAUGUCAGCAAGUUCUUGUAGUACAUCGCGCGAGCGAACUUCCCGCAAUCUAAGUUCGCACGAACUUAGAUUGCAGGAAGCCUUUUAUACAGUUUAAAUAUGAUAAGAUUUUAUACACUUGCAUCACGAUUAUCUCCCCCAAAGAACAGCUCCUUAUAUCGAGAAGUGAGCAGCUUGACGUCUGAAAGUUCGACGCAGUUUAUCCGAUGUACAACGGCUGCUUUCGAGGACGCGCGGGAAAAGACGUCGCGUGCAGAACGGGGAGCUGGGUUCGUAUUAUACUGCGUGCGACACAGGGAGUUUAUCCAGUUCUCUGACUCGCUUUUCAAAUACGAGUAUCUAUACCAUAUAGGUAUAACUCGUGAUCUUUUGAGAAUUCGUGAAAGGGGGCUGCUUUGGUCGUUGGCGGGCUUUGUGAGGAUGUCGCAUUGCUCUGGAAUGCCGAUUGUUUAAUUCACGCUAGUUAGCAUUAUAUAUAGUUACGAGGUGGAUAAUGCUUCACUGUUAAAGUUUUGCAAUAAAAUAAAACACUGCAAUAAUAUGAA